GGGUAGCUAAUCUAGCUUUUUACUGUAGCGCCCACUAAAAAGAAGAGAGUUUCAUCACCAAAGAGAACAUUAUGGAUCUUCCUCAGCAAACUAGAACAAUUCCACAGGAGCUCAAAAGGUUGGUUCGAGUCAUUGCGAGAAGUUUCUACCAGCCGAUGCAAAUUGUAUGUCUCGACAUCCUUGCUACCUACCCUUGUGUUGCAGAAGGUGAUUUGGUGGAGUUGCUGAGGAUGCAGGGAAGUCAGAGACUGUUGAGGCAAGCUCUCACUUUCUUACAGAAAGACAAAAUCAUCAAAAGCCAGCAGCGUAUGGAGGGAGACAGUGGUGGUCUGGUGCGCUAUUAUUACAUCAAUUACAAACACUUUGUCAACGUCGUCAAAUACAAGCUGGACAAGAUACACAGGAACAUUGAAGCUGAGGAGAGAAGAGUACACAACCAGACGUCGUACAAGUGCCCUACCUGUGGCUCCACAUACACAGACCUGGACGUGGACAGACUCUUCAACCCGGCUAACGGCUCUCUCUGUUGCAGCUAUUGUUCUGGAGUACUUGAGGAGGAGAACGUCAGUGUUGGAGACAAGGUCGACUCCAGGACACUCAUUUCAAUGUUGAAUGAUCAGAUCCGACCCAUCACCGAGCUGCUCAAAUUUGUUGAGAAAGUCAACUUGGCCCCAGAUGUUCUAGAGCCAGAACCUAGCUCCAUUAAACAGGCUGGAGGUUAUUCCAGGCCAUCUGGAGCUGCUGGUAAGGACACAGAUAACUGGUCUAGGAAUCGACCCAUUGUGAACAUCUAUGGAGAAAAUGCUGACAUUAGCAUACACAUGGGAGAUGGUGACACUUCGUCAACAAAGACUCCCACCAAGUCCGUACCAGAGUGGAUGUCUAGAAGCACUGUACAAGAUGAGCCCAGUUUAGUGCCUACUGAAGACAUUGCUUCAACAUCAACUAUCACUCAAAGAGACAAGAAAGAUGACCAGAUCCUGGCAGACCUGCUGACUCAUGAGGUGCGGAGUGACGAGAGCAAGGGGCGGGCUGACGAGAAGCCAGAGUACAGCGGGAGUGAGAGCGAUGAGGAAAUGGAGGACGUGGAGUCUAGUGACGAAGAAGAGGAGCAGUUUAUAGUCAAGGUUGGUGAUCGUACUGUCCCUCUGGAUCAGGUGACAGACUCAUUAGUGGCUCAGAUGACAGAGGAAGAGAAAGAACAAUACAAACAUGUCUAUCAGCAAGCCUCCAUGCAUGUAGAGGACCUUUGACUAUUUAAUUAGUUAUUCACUAAAUUUACAGAGAAUAAUUAUUCAUGACAAAAGACCACUGCCAAAAA